AUGCCUGCAGCCACCGUUUUAGUCGCUCUUCUUGCAGCCUUCGCCGUGGCACAGGGCUCUCCUGGGAAAUACAAGACCUACUUCAGGUCUCUUGAAACCGAUCCGCCAAAGUCGCUGAAAGUAGAUGCCGUGAGGAAGACGUUUGAUCCUCCAAAUGUGAACCUUUCAGUGGCCGUGCAUAAGCUCAACGGCAACACCAAAGACAAGUUGCCGGCCAAAGUACCUACCAUGCAACUGGACUUUGUCCCUACGAUUCGCGAUUGUUUGGAUCCGUCGGAUCGUCCCAUUGUUGAGGACUGCGAGUCCGUGUGCGAAAACCUUUCCGAGCAACAAGGUCCUCUUGUCAUACAGCCGCUUCAGAUAUGGCACCUAGAAGCAGGCCAUUGCGUUUUCGGUGCGGCGAACUUGGAUCCUUGCUCUGCAAUUGACAUUGAUCCUAUCAGUACCCUUGCGGGUUAUUGCAACUCUAUGCUGACGAGUUGCGUUCGUGAUGGAUACGACGGAUAUCUUGAAGGGGCGCCGCCGCCAAUGGCGUUUGCACUGUCUGGGACGGCGGCGGCACCUCCUUAUCAUGAGGGGCCAUGUCAGUAG